AUGACCGCCUUCCACGUGGCCGCGCUCGCCGAGAAGAUGAUGCGCAUCAUCUUCAUCGUCUUCUGCACACCGGCAUGGAUCUAUGGCUUCCUCCAGCAGGACUUCACCUACCCGCUCUACGCCUGGGGCGCCGCCUGCGCGACGGCCGUCGUCCUCACGCUGCCCAACUGGCCGUACUUCAACCGCAACCCGAUCCAGUGGCGACCGCGCCUGCGCAAGGACAAGGACGAGUGA